UUGCCAAUGCGCCCACGCCCAACUGUCUCACGCAAUCCCACAGAACCUCGCUGGGUGGGUCGAAUUGCUUCUGCUGCGCCAGAUUAGGUCACGGGAAGAAUCACACACACACAUUCUCACUCACUGCGUUAGGUCGGAAGAAGGUUGAGGAGCUAUGGCGGUCAUGCUGGUCACCAGUGUGGGCGAGCUUGUGGUCGAUCUCUUCACGGAUCUGUGCCCACUUGCCACCAAGAAUUUUCUCAAGCUUUGCAAGAUAAAAUAUUACAACAAUUGCUUGUUUCACUCGGUCCAGAAGGAUUUUAUUGUUCAGACUGGAGACCCGACGGGCACUGGAAAGGGUGGUGACUCUGUGUACAAAUUAUUGUAUGGGGACCAGGCUAGGUUCUUUGAUGAUGAAUUUCAUCCUACCCUUAAACACGACAAAGUGGGCAUUGUGGCGAUGGCGAGCGCGGGUGAAAAUGCAAAUGCAUCCCAGUUCUACAUUACAACCAGGGCUGAGCUGGACUACCUCGACGAAAAGCAUACGGUAUUUGGUGAGGUUGGAGAGGGCCUAGACACUCUGAUGCGAAUUAACGAGGCGUUUGUGGACGAUAACUUUAGGCCGUUCAAGAACAUCCGGAUAAAGCAUACCAUCAUUUUGGAUGACCCAUUCGAUGACCCUGCUGGCCUUGCAGACCUGAUACCAGAAAAAUCUCCUGAGCUAAAGCCUCCGGCUGAUGGGGAGGAGGUGCGACUGGAAGAUGAUUGGGUCCCAAUGGACGAGACUAUGGACCCAGAGGAGCUUGAAAAAUCGCUACGCAAGAAAGAAGCUCAGUCACGUGCAGUUGUUCUGGAGAUGAUUGGGGAUCUUCCAGAAGCAGACAUGAAGCCUCCCGAGAAUGUGUUAUUUGUUUGCAAGCUUAAUCCUGUUACUGAGGAAGGUGAUCUUGAGCUUAUCUUUGGUCGGUUCGGCAAAGUCAAGUCAGCAGAUAUCAUACGAGACUACAAAACCGGAGAUAGCUUGUGCUAUGCAUUUAUUGAAUUUGAAACAGAGGAAGCAUGUGAGGCCGCUUACUUCAAGAUGGACAACGUGUUGAUUGAUGAUCGAAGGAUACAUGUUGAUUUCAGCCAAAGUGUUUCACAUUUAUGGAAUCGAUACCGUAAGCUUGGAAAGGCAGGUGGAGAUGGUCAAGCUGCUAAUGGCGGAAAGGGCUGUUUCAAGUGUGGAGAGGUUGGCCAUUUCGCUAAAGAGUGCCCCAACAACGGUACCGAGCAGAAGGAAGGCCCUACUGAAAAACCUAAAUACACAAUUAAGGACACCGGUGGUCAACGAGGCCACGCACAUAAAAAGUAUGAAAUGGUCUUUGACGAUGACGAGGCACCACCAGAGCAGAGGGAAACAGAAAAACAUAGAUACGAUAGACACAAAUAUGCAAGAGAAUCGGAUAAAGAGAGAAGUAAGGGAGACCAAGACGAACAAGGUGGUAGACCUGGGCAUCAUGCAGAGAAGGGCGGUGAUAGGUCUCGACAAGGUGCACGAUAUGACAAGGAGAGAGACGCGCACAGAGACUCUGGCUUCGGACAUCACUCUCGACAAGAGAGAGAGUUCGACAAGAGUGAAGCAGACAGGAAUCCAAAUAGAGGAAGUGGUAGAGAGUCGGGUCGGUCUCGUAAUGUCUCGUACAGAGGCUCAGGUGGGAGAAGUGAGAGAGAUAGGGAGUCGGAAAAGCCUCGUGAGGAGCGCGACCCUGACAGGAGAAGCGAAAGAGACUACGAGAAAUCUCGUGCGGAGCGGGACACUGAUAGGAGAAAUGAGAGAGAUUAUGAGAAACCCCGUGCGGAUAGGGACACAAGGAAAGAGACAUUUAGAGCUGAUAUAGAGAAAGACACAGGAAGAAGAGGUGAGAGAGAGCAUGAGAGGUUUCGUGCAGAGAGGGACGCAGAUAGGAAAGGUAGGCAGUCUGAGAAGACUCGUGUAGAGAGAAAUAGAAGUGGAGUAGUAGAGAGAGACUUCGAGACGCUUCGUUCAGACAGGGAUAUGGAGAGAAGGGCUGAUAGAGAGUUUGAGAAAGCUGGUGACUUAAGGGACACCAACAGAAGAGCAGAUAGAGAGGCCGAUAGACGGGGCAAGCACUCUCGGAGGGAGUAUUCUCCGGACCCAAGAGACAGUGAGAAGAUAAGAAAGGAAAGUAAGCUUAGGAGAGAAGAUGAUAUGAGCAGUAGGAAGAGGAGGUCUUAGUGCAAUUGAUAUGAAGUUGUUUGUCUCGUCACUUUUGUAGUGAAUUUUAAAGGGCGUGAAACUAGUCUUCCUAUCAAAGAAGGCUAACCUGGAAUGGAUGUGAUGGAGGUGAUUGUUCAUUGGAAAGAGCUUGGUCUGGAUGAACAUGGAACUGGCUUUAAAAAUGCCACCGGUUGAAAGUAGAAGCACCCAUAACUGACACCAAAUAUGUACGAGAUUAAUUUGAGUGUGGAGUGGAGUGUGGAUUUCUUGUAAAUGGGUCAUUGAGAACGAUUUCCAAGUCAAUUUGUUGGGCAUCGGGUCCUUCGAUUACCUUCA